AUGUCUCAUAGUCUUCUCCAGGCAGUUCUGCUCGCCUUCGCCUUCGGUGCUGUAUCAUGUCUCGCAACCCCUGUGGUUCGACAUGAGGUCCUUCAGGCGGCUUCUCUCGACAAGAGCGCAACAGGCUGCACCUUCUCUGGCUCGGAUGGCGCCUCGCUUGUCAGCAAGUCCAAGUCUUCAUGCUCAACAAUCGUGCUCUCCUCCCUCGCCGUACCAGCUGGAAUGACACUUGAUCUGACAAAGCUCCAAGAUGGCACACAUGUCAUGUUCGAAGGUACAACCACUUUCGGCUACAAAGAGUGGGAUGGACCUCUGGUCUCAGUCUCCGGUAACCGCAUUACCGUUACUGGGGCACCAGGCUCAGUGCUCGACGGAGGUGGUGCCAGAUGGUGGGACGGUCAGGGUAAGAACGGCGGCAAGACGAAGCCGAAGUUCUUCUAUGCACACAAAAUGACUUCAUCUACGAUCUCGAACAUCAAGAUCAAAGACUCCCCAAUUCAGGUUUUCAGCAUCGAUCAAGCCAGCAAUCUGAAUCUCAAUACAAUCACCAUCGACAACUCGGCCGGAGAUUCUAGACAUGGCCACAACACUGAUGGGUUUAAUGUCGGAUCUUCCAGAGGUAUAAACAUCGACCGCGCGACUGUUCACAGUCAGGACGACUGCCUGGCCGUCAACUCAGGGUCCGACAUCACUUUCAGCAACGGCUACUGUUCGGGAGGACACGGAAUUUCUAUCGGAUCAGUCGGAGGUCACUCGGACAACUCGGUCAGCAAUGUGCUUGUGACGAAUUCCAAAGUCGUAAAUUCAGAGAACGGCGUUCGAAUCAAGACUGUCUCCGGCGCCACUGGAAGCGUUAGGGGAGUCACAUACAGGGGCAUCACGCUGUCUGGUAUCACGAAGCACGGCAUCGUCAUUGAACAGGACUACAAGAAUGGCGGCCCAACGGGUAUUCCUACUAAUGGUGUCUCGAUCACUGGGUUGACGUUGAAUGGAGUUACUGGGAGUGUUUCUAGUUCCGCGACCAAGAUCCACAUUCUGUGCGGAAGCGGUUCUUGCUCAAAUUGGAGUUGGAAGGGUGUAUCUAUCUCUGGCGGAAAGAAGAGCUCGAGCUGCAAAAAUGUGCCAUCUGGAGCGACCUGCUAG